AUGUCCACCACCACGGCCCAAACACCGUCGCAAGUCCCACGAGGCCCAACCUCGACGCCUUUGAUCUUCUAUUCCCCACCUAACGACAGCUCAACUCCCUUCAAUUAUGUCGAGGAUCCACCGUCAGGCGUCCCAAAAAGGAAUUACAACGAAGAAACGCACCGCGUCCAACUGACCGAUCUUCGCGACCACGAUCUCUCCCAAUACACGCUCUCAAACUCUGCAUUUGAAAUCCUGCAAAACGUUCCAACGAAGACCACCCGUUCGACGUUCUCCUCAGACACUCUCGUCGAACAACAUUAUUACCCAGAAGUGAUCUCCCUGCUGAAAUCCCACCUCUCCCAACAACCCGGCACCGACGAAAUCAAAGAUAUCAUCCUCUUCGACCACACCAUCCGACUUUCCUCACCAGGCGCACCCCGAGCCCCAGUGCUUCGUGCUCACGUCGACCAAACUCGUUUCGCGGCUACCGAGCGUGUCAAACUUCAUGUUACGGACCCAGUCCUUCGCGAAGCUGCACUGUCCGGAAAGCUCCGCUACCGGAUCAUCAACGUCUGGAGACCACUGAAUGAGGGACCCGUGGAAUCAAGCCCGUUGGCGUUUGCGCAUGCCCAGUCUGUUGAUCCGCAGACGGACUUGGUCCCCGUGCAGCAUCGGUAUCCGCAUCGGGUCGGCGAGACAAUGGGGGUAAGGUUCAACGAGAAUCAGAAGUGGAUGUAUCUCUCGGGCAUGACGGGCGAGGAGAGGUUGUUGUUGCAAUGUUCCGAUAGUUCGGCAGGAGAGGAUGAGAGAGCCGUCGUGCCACAUACGGCGUUUUGGGAUGAGAGGACGAGAGAAGGUGCCGUGGGAAGAGAGAGUAUUGAGGUGAGGGCGUUGGUUUUGGGAUGA